AUGGCUCAAGACGCCGAUCUGCCCAAGGCGGCCGACAAGGGAAAGGGAAAGGCUGUUGACGACCCUAAGAAUGAGACUGCCGUCGUAAAUGGUAAGAAGAAGGCUGACGACAAGGAUGCCGCCGCCGAGGAGGAGCUCAACGAAGAAGAUCAGCAGCUCAAGGGCGAACUCGACAUGAUGGUCGAGCGACUAACGGAAACAAACAAAGAGCUUUACAAGACAGCCAUUGAGGCCAUGAAGACUUCGAUAAAGACCUCCACAUCAUCGAUGACGGCUGUACCGAAGCCUCUCAAGUUUCUAAGACCGCACUACGAAACUCUGACGAACCUGUACGAGGAGUGGCCCGCCGGCGACGACAAGACAUCUCUCGCUGAUGUUCUCUCCGUCAUCGGCAUGACAUUUUCCGACGAGGACCGACAAGAUACCCUGAAGUUCCGUCUUCUUGCGCCCACAUCCGAUAUUGGCUCUUGGGGCCACGAAUACGUUCGCCACUUGGCGCUGGAGAUUGGUGAGGUCUACGGCAAGCGCAUCAGCGCUGAUGAGCCGACCAAAGAUCUCAUCGACCUCGCGCUAACCCUGGUUCCCCUGUUUAUCCAGAGCAACCAGGAAGCGGACGCAGUGGAUCUCAUGAGUGAACUCGAGAUCAUCGAUCAGAUCCCGAAGCACGUCGACGAGAAUACCUACUCCCGCGUCUGCCUGUACAUGGUUAGCAUGGUCAACCUCUUAACAUACCCCGACAACGAGCAGUUUCUGCGCACCGCCCACAAGAUCUACCUAGAGUAUAAACAGUACGCCCGAGCGAUGGUCUUAGCCAUCAGACUUCACGAUUACGACUUGAUUCGCUCCGACUUUGUCAAGGCCGAGGAUCCUGCUUUGAAGAAGCAGUUAGCCUUCCUUAUUGCGCGCCAGAGGAUAGCUCUCGAGCUGCCUGGAGAUGACGAGCAUCUUGACAACAGCUUGUCGAAUCUAAGGCUAGCUGAAUACUUCAAAUCAUUGGCCAAGGAGCUCAACAUUCUCGAGCCGAAAACGACAGAAGACAUCUACAAGAGCCACCUCGAAAGCAGCCGUGUUGCUGGCAUGACCAACCUGGAUUCUGCCAGACACAACCUUGCGGCCGCCUUCGUCAAUGCCUUUGUCAAUGCGGGCUUUGGCAAGGACAAGAUGAUGCUCACGGACGGCGAAAAGGAGACCUGGGUUUGGAAGACUAAAGGCGAUGGUAUGCUAUCAACGGUUGCGUCUAUGGGAACGCUCUUGCUGUGGGAUAUAGAAAAUGGCCUCGACAAGAUCGACCGCUACACAUAUGCCAACGAAGUUGAGAUUUCCGCUGGAUCUAUGCUCGCCAUCGGCAUCAUGAACAGUGGGAUUCGCGUGGAAUCAGAACCCGCGCUCGCACUUCUGGCCGAUCCCGAGAAGCUCCAAACAGGUAACCCACUAGUCCGCACCGCUGCCAUCAUGGGCCUCGGCUUGUCCUAUGCCGGUUCCAAUAAGGAGGAACUCCUCGAACACCUACUGCCAAUUGUCAGCGACUCUUCGCAGAGCAUGCAACUUUCUGCCAUGGCCGCUCUAUCCUGCGGCAUGAUAUUUGUUGGAUCUUCUCACCCCGAAGUCAGUGAGGCCAUCGUUACCACACUCAUGGACGAGGACCGCAAGAACCAGCUCACUGAUAAGUGGACGCGAUUCCUCGCUCUUGGUCUUGGCCUUCUGUACUUUGGCCGUCAGGAAGAAGUUGACGUUAUUCUCGAGACACUCAAGGCUGUUGAACACCCCAUGGCCAAGCCCACCGCUGUCCUGGCCGAGAUUUGCGCCUGGGCUGGCACCGGUGCUGUGCUCAAGAUCCAGGAGAUGUUACACAUCUGCAACGAGCACAAGGAGGAGUCAGACGAUAAGAAGGGCGAUGAACUUCUCCAGGCGUACGCUGUGAUUGGUAUCGCUCUGGUUUCCAUGGGAGAGGAGGUCGGCCAAGAAAUGGUUCUGCGGCAGUUCGGCCACCUCAUGCACUAUGGCGAGGCCAACAUUCGCAAGGCCGUCCCGCUCGCCAUGGGUCUCAUCAGCCCUAGCAACCCCCAGAUGAAGGUAUACGACACUCUGUCGCGAUACAGCCAUGACACCGACCCCGAGGUCGCCAUCAAUGCCAUCUUCGCCAUGGGCAUGCUCGGUGCCGGCACCAACAACGCCCGUCUGGCCCAGCUACUCCGCCAGUUGGCCAGCUACUACCACCGCGAUCAGGACGCCCUCUUUAUGGUCCGCAUCGCCCAGGGCCUCCUCCACAUGGGCAAAGGCACCAUGUCCAUCAACCCAUUCCACACCGACCGCCAGAUCCUGUCCCGCGUCGCGGCCGCCGGUCUACUGGCCACCAUAGUCGCCAUGAUCGACCCCAAGGAGUUUAUCACCUCCAACUCGCACUAUCUGCUGUACUUCAUCGUCACCGCUAUGCACCCCCGCUUCCUGGUGACGCUCGAUGAGAACCUCCAGCCCCUCAAGGUCAACGUCCGCGUCGGUCAGGCCGUCGACGUCGUCGGCCAGGCCGGCCGCCCCAAGACCAUCACCGGCUGGCAGACGCAGAGCACGCCGGUACUCCUGGCAUACGGCGAGAGAGCAGAGCUGGAGGACGAGCAGUAUAUCAGCCUAAACAGCACGCUCGAGGGCUUGGUGAUUCUGCGUAAGAACCCCGACUGGGAGGAAGAGCAAUAA